AUGGCCGGGCCCCCGCCGCCGCCCCCGGGCCAGGAGGCGCCGCGCUACCAGGAGUGGAUCUUGGACACCAUCGACUCGCUGCGCUCGCGCAAGGCGCGCCCGGACCUGGAGCGCAUCUGCCGCAUGGUGCGCCGGCGGCACGGCCCGGAGCCGGAGCGCACCCGCGCCGAGCUGGAGAAGCUCAUCCAGCAGCGCGCCGUGCUCCGCGUCAGCUACAAGGGAAGCAUCUCGUACCGCAACGCUGCGCGGGUCCAGCCGCCUCGGCGAGGCGGAACGCCCGCCGCCAGCCCCGCGGCCCCGCAGCGGCCGGCCCGCACUUCCCCGCCCAGCGCUCCCGCCGCCGCCGCCGCCGCCGCCACCGCGACGCCCCGGUCCUCCCAGCGUGCAGCGCCCCGCGCGGAGCCAGCCGCGCCGCCGCCGCCGCCACCUCCGCCGCCGCCGCCGCAGCCGCCGCCUCCUCGUCGGACCGGCCGGGAGCGACCGCCGCCGCCUGCCCCCGCCCCGGAGGAGCCCUCCCCCGUCAGCCUGCGAGAGAUUGUGCGCUACUUGGGCGGCGACGGCGCCGCGCCGGGGGGCGGCCGAGUGACUCGAGGCCGAGCGCAGGGGCUGCUCCAAGAGGAGCGGCUGGAGAGGACCCGCUUGGGUGGCGGCGGGGGCGGGGGCGGCAGCGGCAACAGCGUCGCCUUGCCCAGGGCGGAGAGAGGCGCGCAGGCCCGGGCGCCCAGCGCCAGGGCUUACAGGAACAAGGUGAGGGGCUGCCGCGGCGCGCGCGGGGGGAGGGGUGGGGGCGGGGCGGCGGGGGCGCACGGGCUGAGGGGAACAGGUGAGCUUCCCCAGGACGGAAACGGACCUAGCGGAGGAGUGCGCGCGCAGGGGCGCCCGAAUACUGGGCGCGGGGGGGGGGGAGCGGAGGGGCGGGCGCCGGAGAGGAGCCGCUUUCGGGGAGGGCAGACGGCGCCCAGCCCCCCGAAUGUUGUCAGCGGGCGCUCGCGCAGGUGUGCGUGUGUCUGGGAGGAAGAGUUAUGGGCAGCGCCCAAUCAAAUCGCUUUGGCACGGGAGGGGGCGCCACGAUUGGUGCCUGGGCUUCGACGGGGCGACAUUCUCCCGUGCAGUUCCGAAGUAUUGUGGGAAGGUGAGCGGAAAGGCCGCCGCUGGAUGGCACAACUCCGCCUGGUCCGCGGGGAACUUGCGGGGCCGAGUUGGGGAGCGGGUAAGAACCACCCCCGGGCGUGCGGAGGGGCUCCGCUCACCUGCGCGCGUGGCCCUCCGGUGACAUUUGUGCGGCGUUGAGGAUGCACGACGGGCCCUGGACAGUGGCCCCUUCUCCGACCUCGCCCCCCCCCCGCCAAACUCAGGCCGUGCCAGGCUCCGUAUAAACACAGAACAAAGAGUCAGUUUGUGCUUGACCUAAAGGGUUCUGUAACCUCCAAUAAGGUCGGGAGGUGGUGGGAGUAGUAAGGCAGCGAAUGCAAACGGGGAGCGGAGGGGGGAGCAGAAAAGGAGAAAUCAUGUGGUGCUGGUCAGGAGGGUGACCAGCUCUGGAAUGUAACCCAAUCCAGUAAGGAUCAGAGCAAUUAUCAAGGGUAGAAUACAAUUACAGUCCAGUAAAAAGAAGCCCCUUUUGGUUCUCUCUUAUUUUUGGCAAGUUUUCUGUUACAAGGAUGGCAAUAGAUUUCCAUAAAUCUAGGUGGAUCCGCCCAACAAAGCCAAGUGGAGGGAUGGUGUGGCUGAAGUUUGAUUCCAUCUCUUCUUGGAUUAGAAGGCUCCUGCUGUGUUUCAAAGAGCCUCUGAGCAUUUUGCGGUAGUAUUGGAGCAACACCACUGGUUCCAAGUACAGUGGUACCUCGGGUUAAGUACUUAAUUCGUUCCGGAGGUCCGUACUUAACUUGAAACUGUUCUUAACCUGAAGCACCACUUUAGUUAAUGGGGCCUGCUGCGCCGCCGGAGCACAAUUUCUGUUCUCAUCCUGAAGCAAAGUUCUUAACCUGAAGCACUAUUUCUGGGUUAGCAGAGUCUGUAACCUGAAGCGUAUGUAAGCCGAGGUACCACUGUACAGUAACUCAUUUUGAAGAAAUAGGGGAAACCAAAGCAGGAUUACAAGAAAGGGCUCUGAGUAAAAUUACAUUGUAACCUGGAAGUAGAUUGGGUUAGUUGUCAAAGUGUGCAGUCCUGUUUAUGUCUAGACAGAAGCAACAGCCACAGAGGUCAGUGGUACUUAACUCCCAGGAAAGUUGGCAUAGGAUUUAGCAAAAGUCCACAAUCCCAUACACCCUUAGCCUGGCAGUAAGCAACAUUAACAACAAUUGCGUGCAGGACAGUACUGUAAAGUCAAUAAAAGUGAAACAAGGAACUUGAGGCACCAACAUUGAGUAAGCCUGGGGAGUUAGACACGGGGGUGAUUAGUCUGGGGUGCUGUGGAAGCAGGGCCUGGAUUUGUAAAUAUAUAUGUAUUCUUUUUAUGUUUGCAGAAGGCAGGUGAGGAGGUCAAAGGUGAAGAAGAAGAAGAGGAGGAGGAAGAAGAAGAGGAUGAAGCCUCCACCAUGUCUGAAGGUUCAGAGGUGGCACAAGAUUAUGAGGCCAGCAACUACAGCAGACCUGGGAUAGGCCAGGUGAACGGGGACUGUAAGGACAGCAAGCAUGGUGGGAAAGAGAUCCCACCCAGCAGUGCCCUCACCAGAGACCUGCGCUCCCUCGAGGAGCAGCCCUUGAACAAAGGAUCAGAGCGUCCCCACCAUGAAGGAAAUGAGCAAUGUCAUACAAAGGCCUCUUGGCCUGGAGAAAGUGCCUGUCACCAUCUGGGGGGCAGCAAGAAAGAUGGCAGUGCCUAUCAGCAGCCAGACAGAGCAGGUAUAGGACAUAGGGUGGCUAAGCUUGACUUUUCUUGGGAGACCCAGGCCCUAGAGGGAUAUGGUAAAAGAUCCUAAUGGAGGAACCAUUGGAGAUGGUGAUAAGAUUAUUGCACAGGUUUUUCAAGUGUAAAUAGACCCCUGGCGUCAUUGUGCAACUCACUAUUGAGAAUUAUGCCUAGGAGCCCUAGGCCAGGUCAGUGGUAUUAUGGGUGGAUGAGGAGCGGGGCUCGGAUUGUGGGAAGGUGGCUUUGGCUCUCAGGUGUUUGUGCCAUGGGAAUUAAAACUGGCUUCUUGUUCUCUGCCUCGAAAGGGCUCCAGGCACACACACAAAUUCAUUCACCAGCUAGUUAAAGCCUCGUUGCUUUGUAAGAGAACCAGGCCCAUUCCCAUUUGUGUGUUUUUUUUCUCCCUCUCUCUUACUUUCUCCCAGUGUCACCAGCUGUUGCAGGUACUGAGCCCUCUGUGCCCUCAUCCCCUGGGAGACCUGGCAUCCAGGCAGAUGGGAGACCCUUCAGCUGCACGUAAGUUUUGAGUGGGCACCGAAAACCCAUUUGUUUAAUGACAGCUAGUUCACCUAUGACCCUCUGUAAGGAGAGAACACUUGAGUCCCCUGCCAUCAGUGCCACUGCCUAUUUAGGGGAAUCUAGAAAAGGAACAGACAAGACGUCUUCAGCAGUGAGUAAAGGCUGACUGCAUCUAGAAGGGCUUUCAUCUAGGUAAGCUUGUCCCUCAUUCUACCCUGGUGCUUAUAGGAAUGAGGGAGGAGCUGUAGCUGCUGCCUCACCCCAGCUGGUUCUUAAGAGAAGGAGCAGCAGCACCACUUAUCUUUUGCACACUCUGGGAAAUGAAGCUCAUGUCAGAGUGAAUGAGGGGGCUGCUGCCCAAGGCGAGCCUUACGAGGUGGUGGCAGUAGAGGAGGAAGCAGUAAGUUAGUUCUGCAAGUUUUUUCAGCUGCCUCCCUCCUUCAUUGGAGGAAAUGAGUUGUUGCUGCCCUACAGAUUCCAAAGCAGACACAGUGGGGUUGAAAUACUUAGACAUCCUCAUUAGGCUGCUUUGCACUUUGCCAUAUUCGUGUGACUGUGAUGCCAUAUUGGUGCCUCUCAAUGGGGGCCUUCCCUUCCUGUUUGCUGGGAUAGGCUUCCUGUUAGCCUGGCCUCUGUCGCCCAUGUUCUGGGAACCUCCAAGAUAGACUGCUGGAAUGCACUGUCUAUAGAGCUGCCUUGGGAAACUGUUCAGAAGCUGCAGUUCCUAUAGAAUACAGCUGCUUGAUUGCUGCCUGGGACUGGGGGUUAGGAUCAUGUUUUGCCUGUGCUAUGUGGCUGCACUGGCUUCCAUUCCAUUAGUGGGUCCUGUUCAAAGGGAACUUGAAGGGCCAUCUGUCUCCAGAUAUGCCUCACUGAGGUGAGGUGGGUGGCAACCAGAGAAAGUUUCUUUUUGCUGGUGGAUCCCCAGCAAGUGAUGGAACAUCUUCUGUCCAAAGAUGUUUCCCUGACAAGAUGCUAUUUUUCCUUUCAGCUCCAAGCAGGUUUUUUUUUUGUUUUUUUUUAUCCAAGCUUUUGAGAUGAAGUUCUUGCUCUCUGUCAUUUUGCAGCAUUUGACUUUAUUAUUCACAUUUUGUUUUAUUCUUGCAACCCUUCCCCUUCCCGCAAUAUAUUUGAAGGGUGGUUUAAAAAUACACAUAAUAAAUUACUGGGGUGGGGUUUGGUGGCCCCGUACAGAAAAACUUGUCUCUUGCUCAAGUUGGGUUCUUUUUAUGAUCUGCCACCCCCUGCCCAUUCUGGAUCCAUGCAUGCACUCUCUUCUUUUUAACUGGUGAGAAGUCCACUUCACAUUGUGGAUCAGGAGGCCAUUGGAUGCCUGGGGUAUGAAUUCUCUUUUCUCUCUCUCUCUCCUCCUUGUAGCUCAGUGAAGGAGAAGCCUUCUGACCCAGUGGAAUGGACUGUGAGUGAUGUUGUGGAUUAUUUCACAGAAGCUGGUUUUGCUGAGCAAGCAUCUGCCUUUCAAGAACAGGUGAGAACCUUGGGAUACCAAGUGAAAGAUUUGGGGAUUAAUGCUCAAGCGGAACUCUUAGUGAAAGGCCCUGAAUGGCACGGGCACUGAAUGUUUAACAAAGUAGGGAUUGGCAUGUGUGCACGCUCAGUUCCUAGUUGCUUAGGGGCUCUUUGUCAAAUGUAAAACACGAGCCAGAGUGCAUAUAAUUGUACAUCAAAGCAGCAGUCACCAUGGGGUUUUCUUGCGUGCUAAAAAACCUGCCUUGCAAAUAACAGAGGUGCUCACCAAUGAUUAGAGAUCUGUUUCAGUUAUCCAUAUUGCUACUCCCCACCCCCACCCCCCACCAUUGCUUCCAACUGGCUAUUCGCUUAAGGAAAAAUAAAGUUACUAGAGCUCAGCAAUCCUAUUUUAAUGUGUGCUUAUGUUCAUAGGAAGGGUCCGGAGUGUUCUCCCACAUAUGUCUUCCCCAUCCCUCUCUGCAUGUUGCAUCAUGGGCCUCUUCCCCUUAGUACGGGAUUUGGCUCCUUCAGCCCUCUCUCCUCUUAUAAGCAAGGCUCUCUGCCUGGUCCAGCUAUAGCUGUCAGUGGCACCAACCAAGGCCAAAGUCAGGCUUCCUUCUUCAGGGAUCUGCACCUAGAAGCAUCCCACCUUGUCAGCUGGAUGCUGUCUAUGGACACCUGCGCCUUCAAGCCACUUUUCCAUAGGCCCUGUUGUAACCUAAGCUCAACAGAGGGUGGUGUGGUCAUGCUUCCUAUGCGCUGUGCUCAGAUAGAAAAGACUGAAAAAUACUCUUGGGACUCUUUCAAAAUAUGAAAUUCUGCUUAGGAUGGGCAUUUCCUGGUGACUUGUGUUGGAGGCCUAAUGGGCUGAUGGCCGGGUGUUAAACCAGUGGCAUGAAUCGUAAUUGAUAACGAUUAAAUAUGUGUUAAAAGGAUGGGGAAGGACUAAGCAUUCAAGAUAGAAAAAAAAAAUGUGCAUAAAUUCAAUCAUAUCCAUUCCUCAACCUGGAAACUCGUCUAGAUUUAUAGAACACUUUCCUUCUUCCCUCUGGUUCACUGAGGAGGGGGAUUCCUUCUUAAUAUAGAUCUCUGCUAUUGCUUUCUUAAAAGAAGUGUGUGUGUGUGUGCGCGUGUGUGCGUGUGUAGUCUAUAUUCUGUCUCUUAAUGGGGGGAGUCCCUGUUCCCUAAAUGCCCUCUUGUUUUUUGCCUCUGUUGCUGCCGCUGCAGGAGAUCGAUGGGAAGUCUCUUCUGCUGAUGCAGCGCACCGAUGUCCUGACCGGCCUCUCCAUCCGCCUGGGGCCUGCUCUCAAGAUCUACGAGUACCACAUCAAGGUGCUGCAGCAGUGCCACUUUGAGGAGGACGAGGGCGACUCCUUCAUGGGCUGAGGAGGACGGGCGCAGCUCACGAAGGGUGUGGAGAGCUUGGGUGGGGAGAAGUGAACGGGGACUCUGCCAGCCGCUACUGUCUCAAGUCAUUUCAGCCUUUCUCUGCCUCCAUGAAAACAAAGAGAAGCAGCUGUGUGGGAAGGGGAAGAAGGACUUUGGCCAGAUUUUUGUGAAAAUGGUGGGGAGGACAGAAAUGAUGACCCAGGCUUUGCGGCUUCUCUACCCUGAUUGUCCAGAGAUAGGAAAGACAGGGAGGGAGGGCUGCAAAAAAAAAAAUCCCAUCCUUCUCCCAACCUGUCUGUGUUACUUACCCCAGCAUUUUACUUACCAUAGUGCAUUGUCUGUUCUUGGGAAAGGGUGGAAAGAUGUGGUUUUUGUCCCUCUUCCCAGCCGCAGUUUAAUUGAGAUAAUUUGUGCUUCAGCAUCCCCCCUUUCCCCUUCCCCUUUACCACCACAACAACAGCAACCACAGUAGCACUUGAUGGUCCUACCUGCUCCCCCUCCCUUUGUUGCUGUUCUCAAGAAGACAAAGAUAGAGCCUGCUGAAGGUGUCAGGAGGUUUUAAUCAAAUAUCUUUUUAUUCUCUUUUCUGUUUGGGUAGGCUUUUCUUCCAGUUUUCAUGGUCGUUGCCCAGAGUCAACUGCUUUUUAUUAUUUCUUUCUUCCCAUUUUUUUAAAAAAUAUAAAUAUUUAAACUGGAAAAAAACCCAAUUGGUUUAGUAUUCCCAGACUUGUUAGCCUUCUGGAAGGGGUAUUGGAUCACCUAAAAUGAACACGUGUCUAAAGAACAAAAGUAUGUGUAAAAAGAGGUGGAAGUCCUAAGUUCUGCUCUCUUUUUCUCUCCUUUUUUAUUUGAGGGUGGUGAUGUCACCUAGUGGUGUUGCUAAUCGGUUUAUGGGAUGUAUUCUGACUAGUCCAGGGAUGGGAGCAGAACUCUGGAGUUCUGGCUCAAUUUUCAAUGCUAUCGUCAACUGGGGUAAAAAAGUGCGGUAAUAUUUGCACAUCACCAGGAAGUCUAAAAUGAAACACUUAGGGUUUAGGGAAGGUCUCUUUGCAGUGGCAGAGGCAGAUGACUCGUUGUCUGCAUAUAUUCACAACCAGGUGGUUUAGCUGGUGCUUCUAUAGCAGAUAAUAUAAGUGGAGCAAACACUUUGGGGACUGAAAAGAGCAAGGAAAGGAAAUGGUCCGCAGCCCUGUUCUCAGUUACGAAAAAUGGGGUGGUGGUUUUUGUUGCCUUAAGAAAGGAUCUCCUCUUGUUAAAGCAGGCCAAGCCCGCAAAGGUAUACUGUAAAGGCAAGAGGUGGUGGUAAAAAAGACUACAGUGAAAUUGGCUCUUUGUGCACAUCAAAUGGAGAGGAUCUAGCUAUGGCACACAACACAAAAUCUGAGCUUUCUUGGUGAUUUUUCAGGGCACACCUCUUGAGUACCCCAGUUGCUUAGUAAGUAUCUGUUUCACAAAACAGUUUGAAACUCGUUUCACUGUCACGGCUUUCUGUAAAGAACUGCAGGAAUGGAAACCUUUUGGUGAGGCUGCUGAGAACUCUUUUGUAGUAUCUUAGACCCUUUUACAGAACGACACUUCCUAGAAUUUGUUGUUUUAGAGCCGUGGCAGAUGAGGGUUGAAACUGGUUUAAAUUUGGAAUGUAGACAGGCCCUUAGUACAGUUUGAGGAUCAGUGGAUAGACAGUAGCUACCCUGUUUAGUUGUGACUCAGAAACAAAGAAGCGUACGUAGCUCGAGACACAACCCAACAUGCAUGCCUAGAGGAAUACACAGCUAGACAGGAGCACACUGAAUUUAUGUUCUCAAAAUUUUAUUUGGAACCAUGAGGGCUAGAAACCUAUUGUUUGAACUUUGAAAGCAGAGGUUCUCAAUGUUGUAGCACAAAAGUGCCUCAGGGGCUUACAUACCGGCUGCAUGUUGCCCCCUAUUGCACUAGACCCUACUAUUUUGUCCAGAGCUGGGAAUAAAAAAACAACAAGAUUUUUGGGUUCUAAUAUGUAUUCUGUUUAUUGGCCAUCAGUUGUCAAAAGAGCUGCCAUAGGAGGUGAAAUGCUUUAGGAACCAAUUUAGAUGACUCAACAGUGGGAGUGAUUUUUCCAACUCUUUGUGCUGUACUUUUGGGAACAGAGUAGGGCUACAGAAUUGGGCUGCCCCUUUACUUCAUUGUUAUUGACACUGGCCAGGGUGGAAAGAGGAGAGGACAUUAAUAAUCCACAGUGGGAAGGUGUAGAUUGGAAUGGACAAAGCCAAGCAAGGCUGUUGCAGCGCAGUGUUCUGAAAAUUCCUCUGUGAGGCUUGGAUGGGACAAGGUUGUGUUGCCUGUCAGUGCAGAGGGUAGUUCAAGUAAGAGACAAGAUGGAAAGGGGCUUCAGGAUCCAAACUUCCUAGAUAUACUGUAGUACAGUUUAAGGGCUGAUAUACAUGACCGUGUGCUGAUGAAAACACAGAUAAGGUGUUGGCUGGUUGUGUGGUUUUUUAAAAAACAGAUUUGUGCUUUGGGAUCUAGGCUUGAGCUGGUUGGCAGUGAGCCCAGGUAGUAACAUACAGGUUUUGGAAAUUUGUGCACGGGGAAUGGCCUUGGCUAAGGCUGUGCUGAGGUGUGAACCGGGCUUGUGUUCACUAAUUCAACACCUACAAAAUCCAAAGGCGAAGUUUCCUUAGUAAAGGUGGACACAAAAUAUUGCACAGUAUUUUAUGUUGAUCUAGGCUAAUCUAGUGACUGGAAGUUAAACACUUAAAGGCUAGGAAUUAAUUUGGACCAUUCUAAUGAGGAGAAAUAGUAUUUUAAUACUACAGCUGGUCAAAUAAGUGCUCCAUCACUUUGGGUGACUCUCAGUUCCAACGAAGUUUCAUCUCAACCUUUAUUUGAAAUCUAGUUUGGAUGUGAAGCUGAAACCGGAGGUUUGGGAUGGACUGGGCUGAGGAAUCACAUGCACCCAAUUCAGUGCGAGACUUCGCACCUGACGCCCUCAGAGCUUUCCAAACUUUUCAUGUUGGCGACACACUUUUUAGACAUGCAUCAUUUUGUGACACAGUAAUUCAGUUUUGCUAGCAAACCAGAGGUUAAACUAACCCCUUUCCAUCACCGGGAGGAGAGCGGGAGUGUUUGCGCGACACACUAACACACUAAGGUGUCACUACACAGAGUUUGGAAAGCUCUGCUCUACCUGAAUUGAAUACAUAACAGUUACUUAACCUAUUCAGAGACUGGAUCACAGACAUUUCCCUAAACUUGCUUAAAAUCCUAAUUUCAAUCAUGGUGCAGAGGUGGUCUAGCUCCCAAUGUUGCUGCAGAAGCAAUAUGUCACAGGUGGUGAAAAGCGAAUGCGGGGGGCAGGGAGUGGGAAAUAUUCUGGGGUCAUUUAACCAACUAGGCCUCUGGCAAAGUGGUCAUUCCUCAGACUGCUGAUCAGUGAUGCCUUGGGUGUGUGGUUGAAAUAUCAAGGAAAUGCUUGAUAUUUCAUGGGCUUCUCCUUGGAAAUGGUGAUGCAAUCUAAGCCCACAUACCCACCUGAAAGAAGUGGACGGAGGAUAAUUAAGAAAAUACAUGCUUCUAACAGACUUUGCAGCUUUCCUAUUAAUUCUUCAGAUUUCCCUCUGAAUAAGUGAUUGCAACUAGCAUUUGCUGAUGAACAUGGGAUGGAACUGUCCAACUUUGGGACUACAAGUGGUUGAGCUAUGAGUAUGGAUGCCUCCGGAUGUCCUCUUUUCUGUUUCCAAAUGUACUGCCUUGACUUAAAAUGGAUGGAGGACCUGUAGCCCUCCAGAAGUUGGACUUCCAGCCAGCAUGGUCAGGAAUGAUGGAAGCCGUAAUGCAGCACCAGCAUCUUAGGCCCUACAGAUGCCCUUACACUCUGAGGAUCCCUCGGCUGUAGCUCUAUACCUGCUUACCGUGGGAUAAGCUCAGUUGAAGUGAGUGGAACCUACAGCUGAGUACAGGAUUGUUAGUUACUUUCAGCACUAUGUGGCAUUUAAAUUGAGAUUAACCCAAAAGCAGCUGGGUUGUCAAAGAUGAACAUCCCUACAGAACAAAUUCAUUCAGGACUGGCAUACUAGAGGUAUCAAUGUUUGUGGUGCUUACAGCCAGAAGUUGAUCUUUUAAAACAAUAACGUGCUGCUCCUGUUUAGCUAUGAGUAUCUAACCUCGUGGCUAAUGGACCUGAUGCAUUGUCCUGCAGCAUACACACACAAAAAGGCAACCAAAGCAAUGAAGCAUCUGAGGAAAGGCCAAAAUACUUGAAGCUUUAUAAUUAAAUGGAAGAGGGGAGGUUAUGAAUUGUGUGUGUUGCGGCAAGUCCAUCUCUUCCCUACAUACAGGCCAUGCUUCCGCCCCUGACAAACAGAUCAAGGACAGAUUUUUUAAAAAACUAUGCUUUGUCAGAUAGCUGAUGGAAGGCUGUUGUAUGAUGUGAUGGCCACUGGCUCCAGUGCAGGGUCCAGCACUAGCUGUUUGCCAUGAUACACUAAAUGGACACACCUGAUUCAGAGGCAGUCUACCUCUGACAGCCAGCUGGCAGUCUAGCCACUCUCAAAAACAGGAUGCUGAAGUGGAUGAACUCUGUCUGAGGCCACGGAAGUCUUUAUGUUCCUCAUUCUGACUUCAAUGUACCUUUGGGAGUAGAUAAUAAAUUAGGAUUGAUUCCUCCCCUCCCCCAAGAAGAUUUACAAUGAAAGCAACAGCUCUGUGGCUGAUAACUCUGUGUAAGGAAAGAUUCUGCUUCAGUAAAAAAUAGUAAAGGACUUUGAAUUCCCAUUGUGCUGAUCCUUCAUUGCUUUCAACUUGGUAGCCGCUGUAGGGAGUUCCAGAUUAGGUCACUGUCGAGUUCACAACUAUUACUCCGUUCUUCCUGAGAAGUGAUUGCAUACUGCGCUUUGUGCUGGACUUCAGUAACAUAACUGCAUAUUGAGGAUGGGAAUGGGGUGAGGGAAGAUCAGAGGCUUUUGGUUUAAAGGAUAAUAACUCCUGGCUCCCAUAAGAGGGUCCAUUUGAUCAAUCCACUACGUUUGCAUCUGUUUAUAAGAUGCUGAACUGGACUUUUUGCAUGGCAAGCAACCAUAACAGGACUCCUUGCCCAGGCAAAGCCUGUAUUCCUUGGAACAAAGUAAUAGUUUGUGUGGGUCUUGGGAAUGGC